AUGGGCUCAGGAAAGACCCCACUCCGGAUCCUCUGUCUAGGCGACUCCCUAACGAGUGGAUAUCCACCAUCGCAUCCCUAUGGGGGCAAGUUGGAGGUAUGUCUCGAAGCAGCAUUUCCAUCGCAUCAACUCCACGUCGAGGUUGACGGGGUACCGGGUGAUUUGGUGGUGAAAGGUUCGUUUAUCGAGCGCAUGCAGUCAAUGUGGAAGACACAUGGCAAGAAAGACGGUUUCGAAUGGACGGUCGUGCUCGGCGGAACGAAUGAUAUCGGUUGGGGCUAUCCGGCAGACAAGGUGUUCGAGGCACUCAAGAAAGUAUGGGAUAUACCACUUUCGAAAGGCGGCAAAGUACUAGCCUUGACUAUACCAGAGAUCAAGAUGCAGAGUGAGAAUCUCGAUCGGAGUAGGGCUGCUGUUAAUGAGGGUAUCAAGGCAUAUAAAAAACCAAACUUUUACACAUUUGACCUGUACGAGGCAGUACCAUACCGCAGCAUGUCUGAAGAGGACCGGGAGAAGUACUGGGACCCAGACGGUGUACAUUUCACAGAGGCCGGCUAUGAUCUUAUUGGCGAAAAAGUCGCCGAGGGUCUUACCAAGAUAAUCCGUCUGGAAGAGGCACAGUCGACGGAAAUUAGCUCAAUAGUCACCGAUGCAAGACAGAGGAAAUUGAUCGAGGAGAUGAUAUUUGAGGAAGAGAUGGGCAACCCAAAACUGCUGAGUCAAGGCUGGAUAGUCGUUCGGAAGAAAGACCUCGAUUGA